CAAGUGGACAGAGGUCCAACGCUGCGCGCUGCAGGUCGCUGGCCCGGUGUCUGCGUCUCCUCCCCGGAAGGAACUAGUGCUUUUCUGGAGUCUGCGUCCUGGAAGAUGAUGGAAUCACUUUGUUUCCAAACCCAGUCAGAGUCCGCAGGAUUUCCCUGCUUUGGAAUGCGCACAAGCCAGUGUUGUCGCAACCUCCUCCCGCCGCGGGCUUGUUGCUCACUCCGUGGAUUAUACGAGGAAAUGUUCGAUCGCACGUGUUGUUCGCUGACAAGAAGUGAAUGAUGGGAAUCUCUUUGAGAUGAAAGACGGCACUUUGAGGGGCAAGUGUCUGCUUGUGCGUGGAUCCUGUCCGUCUGCGCGCGCCAGCAGCCUGUUGUCUGUGGAGAAAAGCGCAACUUUGCUCCAGUCUGGAGCCGGUGCUGGCUUCAGUCUCGCGCUGGCAGGAGCGGCGCCAGCAUGGAGACCUGCCGGUCUGUGAUCAGACGGAGCGCCGGGUCUUGUGCGGAGAUGAUGAAGAUGCUGAGGAGGACGGAGGGUCCAGAAGCGGGGUCAGACGCGAGGGUCUCCCCAUUUGUCUGCUUUCUCUUGUGCGCCCUGGUUUUAUUCCCGCCGGGCGCACACUCGCACCCGCAACCCUGCCAGGUGCUCAAACGGAUCGGGCACACGGUCCGAGUGGGGGCUCUGCAUGUGCAGCCCCGAUUGCUCUCUUCUGAGGACCCUGGGCCCGGGAGAACUCUGGCUGAGAACAGUGAAGAGAAGCGGGUUCAGAGAAGUGUGGCGGAGUUCGGGAGCCUCCGGAGCAGAGGAUCAACAAACAACCAGCGGGGCCCCGGCAGGAGCAGAUCCCAACCCCGCCAGCGGGAGGAAAACACCCCCAGGGAGAGUCGAGUCUUCUCCCCUCGCGACUCGAUGCUUCUAGCCGCCGAGGCUCUGAACAGGGCCGGAGUGCUUCCCUUCAAUCUAACCCUGGAGCUGGUGAUGGCUGUGGGCUCCGGACUUGGGGAGCUUCCCGCUUUUUCCUUCUCGUCCCCUGGGAGCCCCGACCACGAGGACCCGCUGUCCUUCGUUGAGAGUGUGUGUCACACAGUGGUCGUGCAGGGGGUUUCUGCCAUGAUUUCGUUUCCGCGGAACCGGGACGAGUUCGUCAAGUUGGAGUUCGUGUCUCAGGCUCUUCAGAUGCCAGUGGUCAGCGUGGUCCAGAGAGAGUUCAGACGCCACAGCGAGAAUCCUCUUCAUUUCCAAAUGGCCAUGCAGACAGUGGAGGCGCCGCCAUCUCGUCUUGUCUACUCCCUGUUGAUGAUGAACGGCUGGUGGGACAUCAGCGUUCUCCUCUGCCAGGAUUUGGACAUAAGUGACUUUCUUUUUCUCAUCAAGAACAACACCCGCUUCCAUCUGGGAACGCUUGUCAACCUGACAUCCUCCUCUUUGACUUUGUUACAGUCAUCCACAACUUUAUUGUCCUCAGGAGCUGCUUUAAGUGCUCAGACGGGAGCCGACUCCUCGCAGGCACUGUUGACUUUACCUCAUUUGCCCGCUGAUACUUCGCCUCCUGCUUUCUCUCUGAAAGUGGACCAGCACCAGGCGGUGAUGAGACAGCUGGAGGCCCUCAGAGACGCUACCUCCACGAGGGGAGUUGUGACGUUUGGUUGUGAGAUCCGAGAACUUCGGCGACUGUGGACCUUGGCCACGCGGAUGAUGCUGCCAGAAUAUUACUGGGUUUUAGGGGACAGUCAGAAUGUGGCUGAGCUCAGGACCGAAGGAUUGCCAUUGGGGUUACUGUCUCACGGGGUUAUGGGGUCCCCGUCCUUGGAUCACUACGUUCAUGACGCUUUGGAGCUGGUGGCACGGGCUGUGGGCAGUGCUGCCCAGGAGAAUCCAGCCUUGGCACUCAUUCCUGGAACUACGAACUGUUUUGACACGCAGCAGAGGAAGGGGAGCUCUGGAGAGUACCUGUCAAGGUUCCUGUCCAACACAUCAUUUGAAGGCCACAGCGGGUUUAUAUCCAGAGACAGUUUGAGAAAGACUGUCAUCUCCGAGUCUCAUCACUACAUCUGGUCCCUGCAGCUGGACCCGCUCGGCCAGCCAACGUGGACUCGCCUGGGGCGCUGGCGCAGAGGGAAAGUUCUGAUGGACCAGGGAGCGUGGCCAAGCCAUCAGGGCUCUGGAGCUGGAGGUGACUGGCGCAGGUCGGCAAAGCUGCACUUGCGCGUGGUGACGCUCGUGGAGCACCCGUUCGUCUUCACCCGGGAGGUGGACGGUGAUGGUUUAUGUCCCGCAGGUCAGCUGUGUCUGGACCCUCUUACCAACGACUCAUCCAUACUAGAAGGGUUUUUUCAGAACAUUGCGGCUCCAAAUGGAUCUGUCCCCACUGAGCUGAAGAAAUGCUGUUAUGGUUACUGUAUCGACCUGCUGGAGAAGCUGGCUGAGGACAUGGGAUUUACCUUUGACCUCUACAUUGUUGGCGAUGGAAAGUAUGGCGGGUUCAAGAACGGUCGCUGGACUGGACUGGUGGGCGAUUUGCUCAGUGGCGCCGCCCACCUGGCCGUGACUUCUUUCAGCAUUAAUUCAGCGAGAAGCCAAGUGAUUGACUUCACCUCUCCUUUCUUCUCCACCAGCCUGGGAAUCCUGGUGCGGACGCGAGACACCGCUGCCCCCAUCGGUGCCUUCAUGUGGCCACUCCACUGGUCCAUGUGGCUGGGCAUCUUCGUCUCGCUCCACGUCACAGCAGUUUUCCUCACCAUCUACGAGUGGCACAGCCCAUUUGGUAUGACGCCACGAGGACGCAACCGGGACCGAGUGUUCUCCUUCUCCUCAGCCCUGAAUGUGUGUUAUGCAAUUCUCUUUGGGAGAACUGUGGCCAUCAAGCCCCCAAAGUGUUGGACGGGUCGGCUGCUGAUGAACCUUUGGGCCAUCUUCUGCCUCUUCUGUCUGUCCACCUACACUGCUAAUCUGGCCGCUGUCAUGGUCGGGGAGAAGACCUACGAACAACUGUCUGGGAUACAUGACCCAAAGUUGCACCAUCCCUCUCAGGGAUUCCGAUUUGCCACGGUGAGAGAGAGCAGCGCCGAGGACUAUGUCAAGAAGAGUUUCCCUGAGAUGCACGAGUACAUGAGACGAUACAACGUUCCAGCCACACCAGAUGGAAUUCACAAUCUCAAGGCUGACCCUCAGAAACUGGAUGCCUUCAUCAUGGACAAAGCGCUGCUGGACUAUGAAGUUUCCAUAGAUGCAGACUGCAAAACAUUGACAGUCGGGAAGCCAUUUGCCAUUGAAGGUUACGGGAUCGGACUCCCUCAGAACUCCCCCCUCACCUCCAACAUCUCGGAGCUUGUUAGUCAGUACAAGUCAGACGGCUUCAUGGACAUGCUGCAUGACAAAUGGUACAAGGUCGUGCCCUGCGGGAAGCGCAGCUUCGCUGUCACUGAGACGCUGCAGAUGGGCAUCAAACAUUUCUCAGGCCUGUUUGUGAUGCUGUGUGUGGGCGUGGCCUUGUCCCUGCUGACCACCAUGGCGGAACACAUUGUAUACAAGCUGGUGAUCCCCAGAGUGAAGGAGCCUCGCUUCAAGUACUGGCUGCACACCAGCCAGAGACUGCACAGGGCGCUGAAUUCUGUCUUCUGUGACGACAAAGUCCAGACCGUCACCAAGCCCGAGAAGAGGUGCAAUGAAGGAAACAACCAGUCGGCCUCCUGGAAUCCGUCGGAUUCUCACUGCAACAGACAUCGAGUUCUCCCUCUAGAGCUACAGAAUGACUUGGAACACAUGGCCGCUGGAGAUAUUUCCUCCCCCUCUCCUCUUCCUCUGUCCAAUUCUCUCCCUCUUCUGGAGAAACAUCGACCCAUCGUGACCACCUCCAAUGGUCGCUCUGAAAUGCUUGGCCGUAGUUUGUGCCAAAGUCUGGGCGGUCCCGGACAGGGACUAGCACCCGGUCAGUGCAGAGGUUUGGGCGCUGGCGACUGCGGACCUGGACUGGCUGUGGGCCGAAACCCACUUUGUCAGGAAUUAUCGGAACUAGAGGGUCAAAUAGUCAAGAUCAAGCAGCAGCUCCAGUCGGCCAUGAGGAGAAAGAGGGAGCUGGAACAAUACCAAGCAGAGAACCAGCAACCGAACCAGACUGGCGCCCAGUUCCCACAGUUUGCUCUCUCACACAGCCAGACUAGCCAGAACACGAACACACUCCCUGAGUUCUGAUCAUCAGCACCUGUUUUUUUUUUUUUUUUUGAGACAAAACUCGUUUUACAAAAAAACAGCCUUGUUGGUUCUUGACAAGGUUCCCUGCCUUUCUAAUGUCAGAGCCUUUAUCGGUAUGUGGAGGUUAAACCCUUCUUGGCCUCAGGAGUUCCUCUGCUAUCUCACACUGCUGUAAAGCCUUUCCUUCAUGCCAUGUUCCCAGAGGUGCUGGAGGACCUCAACAUCCUCAGUCUUGUGGUUUCUGAAGACAUGCACACCCACCUCCACCACACAUUUCUGAUCCUUUUGUAAGAUUCAAUGGCGUCCCCUCCUCCCCCCCUUCACCGCCAUGAGUCCAUCUCUUUUGAGUCCCCUGACACGUAUGAUGAAAGAUAUGAUGACUCGUAGGCGAUUUAGACCAUUAGGCUUAAAGACUCACUCACGUACAUGUGAACUGGAGAUGAACCCGACCCACGUUUUCCCCACCUCGUCUGGCUGACGCUUGUAUUUUUGAGAAAGCCAAAGAAAAGUAAAAGAAUAAUAAAAUACAGUAAGUUCAAUUUUCAGUAAGAUGGUACAUUUUUUUGACAUCCCUUACUCGACUACACUGAGCAUGCUGUUGCCUUUGUUGUUGUCAGAACGUUGGUCUGUAAUGGAUCAUUUUUGGGGGGGUGAGUGUGUGAGACGUAACACACUCGCUACGUGAGGCAAACAUUUGAUGGUUUUGUGAUCACACCCAAGUAUCUUAGUAGCGUUAUAGGAGAGAAGCCUAAUAGGUGCACAGGCUGACGCUGGUCUUAACCCCUCCUUCUCAACACAUAUACAGUACACCUGCCGACCAAGUUUUUCCAGCCUGAUAGUGACACUCAUAUUUAAGUUAAUUUAUGUUGUCAAGACCAGCUGUCUGUGAGUGUUAGGUUUUUUUUUUCUUCUUUUGGUCACUGAAUGAAACACUGCAGCUUUAUCGAUGUCGUGAGAUCCUGUACAGUGAUGGACCUUCAACGCCACGUGUUGACGCGGUGUUUCACUAUAUUGGCAUUUAAACAUGAGGUGAUCUGUGUUACCCGUUUUGGAAUCUGUCCACAUAUUAAAGAUUGACCUCUUUUUACACUCAUGAACAAUGUGUCUUUGCUGAUAAAAAUGAAGUUUAGCUGUG